UCUUGCUGGGAGAGUGAGUGUACCUACCAGACGAAAAUGGCUGACGAUGAAGUGUGGAAGUUGAAUGAGGAUGGUUUAAUAAAUGUUGAACCUAAUUGUAAAAGUGUUAUAUACCACCCAAAUUCUAAUGUUAUAAUUGCAGUCAAAAAAUCUUCAGAAGUUAUUGUUGUUGAUGUCAAUUCCGGAGUUACUUUGCGAAGGAGUUCUUUAUCAGCAAAAGCGAACAGCGAGAUACAUGGAGCGUACAUUCCAGAGUAUGACAAAAUUCUGUUCACGGAUGGUGGCAGGAUUGGUAUCCGCAGAGACUACAGUGGGGUGCUCUUGCUGGACACUAUCCUCCAGACGCCGGUGAGCAGGCCGGAAGAUGUGGUCAGGGUGGAGCUGCCUCUCUCGGAGGCUGUUCUGCUUUUCAACACAAUGCGGUCCAAUGAGUUGUCAGGUGUGGAGCCCAAGACUGAAGUUAUGUCUGAGCUGGAUAAAAAAAUCAAGGAAGGCAUGGCUGUCCCCAAAAAAGGCACAAAGGCUCAGAAGUGGAGCACCGUGUGCUUGGAGCUGUCCCACGCUGCGCUCAAGGCGGUGUGCACCGGGGUCGUGCAGGAGCUCAAGCGCCAGAACAAGCACGUCCCGGCACUCUCCAUCGCCUCGGCCAUCAACGAGCACCUCACCAGUCUGCUGCCCAUCCUGUCGAUCGACGAGGCCACCAAGGACCGUGCCUUCAUGUUCAGCGAGGCUGCGCGCCGGGAGACCUUCGGCCGCUGGCCCCACAUGAACUAUAAUCAUUGUAUCCCUAGGUGGGCGCUGCCAGAUGAAAUGGCGCAAGCAGGUUUCUACCACCAGCCCAACUCGACAGGGGAUGACCGAGCAAUGUGCUUCACGUGCAGUGUCUGUCUUGUCUGCUGGGAGCCUACAGAUGAGCCAUGGUCGGAGCACGAACGGCACUCCCCAGCAUGUCCCUUUGUGCGGGGAGAGUACACGCAGAACGUUCCUCUGUCGGUGACGCUUGCGACCCUGCCCGCAGCACCUCUCCUCGACGAGGGCGACAGACUCUCCUGUGUGUCCACAUCCUCCGUCCCAGAGCUGGUAGCCACAGCAACCAGGGGUGGGCAGAUUGUGCUGUGGAAUGUUGCACGCCAGCUCAAGCGUGAAGUGACCUUCUACGUAUCGGCACCCUCAGCUCUUCCAGAUGGCUUGCAGUUAAGCGACAUACUGGAGCCACAGGAAGAUUGGGCAAAGAAGAAGCCUGGGGACACAGGUGGUGAGAUGUCUAUACAAGAAAUUGAGGAGAUCACACUGGACAUUGCCAUUGGUAAUAUUCUGGGACCACCCGACAAUGGGGUAGAAUUGACGGCAGUGGCAGUAGUGGGACGACAGAAGGUGCAGGUCAGACGACAGCCUUCAAAGAAAAUUCGUAAAACUGGUCGUCAGUCCAAUCGGCCGCUCAUUGUGGCCGGUAUCACCGUGAACCCUGCCAACCGCAACGUUCACACGGACUCUGUGUGGGGCUCUCCCAUGGUCAGGGCCAUGAAUGAUGUUAAUGAGGCCAGCAACAGGGAGUCCCAGCUGUUGGACAUCAUGAAGGUGCGGGAUGCUGAUACCUGGCCAAAAGCAUCAGACAGCCCAACCAUGGUCAAGCAGACGAGUUUGUACCUAAUGGUGUAUGCGGUGCAUUACUACUCCCCUGCCCGGGAGGGUUGCGAUGAUGUGACAGAUGACGGUGGAGGGGGUGGUGGGUGCGAGGGGGGCGGGAAAGUGUCUGGAAAGUCGAAAAAGAUUAGUUCUGGGACUGGGACGACUGCAUCCUCAUCUGAUGGUCGCCAAGAAAAGAACAAUAUCCUUCAGGAUAUCUUCCUUUCAAAGUUCCUCUAUGAUGUGCCAAUGAUUGAGGACAUUGGGUCUGACACCACGCUACCUGCUCCUCACGAGAGUGCAGGAGAUUUCGUGGACUCUCCCAGCACAAAGAAGAAGGAUCUGCUGUACCAACUGAGUAUGCUCGGGGCAGGGAUUGGUGGCGCAGGCUACGAUGAGGGCUCCUCCGGUGUGGGCAUGCCCAUUUACGAGGCCUGUCCUCCGUCGGUUCUCCUAAAGGCCAGUCGCAGUUCCAAGAGUCACGACGAUACCAGUUCGAAGAACGUUGCAGACGAGAGUGCGUGCACCAAGAUAAACAAUGUCGUUCCUCUGCAAGGCGUACCCAUACCGAGUGCUUACGUCUUGUGGAAUGACCUGUCAGUGCUAGAGAUACAUCCUACGAAAGAUGGGGGCCACAUAGUCGUCCUUUUAGGCAGGAAAGACUGUAAUAUAGAGAAACCUCACACCUCCCCUGUAACAAAUUAUUCAGAGGAAAAUGAAGUUACUGAGAUGGAUGUUGAUUCGGAUUAUGUGGAGAGUGCCUCUGCUGAAAAUGCUGGGGAAGAUGAGUGUGCUGGGCAGAAUGUUAAUUUUUUUACAGAGGAGGGGGGCGAGAACUCAAAAAUGUGCGUGAAUGGGGACACGAAGCAUCCCUUUAUCGGUUCUUUACUCGUGUAUGCUUUGGACCUGGAGAACGAGGACAUGCGGUUGGUAGAGGAGCCAACAAAUGUGCGGGAGUUUGAUGCCCUAGAAUGUCCAAGGCAUAUGGUGAUGCUGCCUCUUAGGGAACAGGAUGAUGGUGGUAUUCCUGUUAAGGGUAACUUGCAGGGUUUAGCAGCUCUUGUUUGUGCAGAUGGAGUUUUGAGAUUGUUAAAUCUCUCAACAUUCAAAAUUGUAUCCAAAGCUGCUCCCAAGAAGUCAGGGUCCAAGUUCAUCUCGGCAACAUAUUGCAGUAGUCUGGAGAGGUUAUGUGUCCUCACGGAUAAAGGCACGCUUCACUUCUUUGUGAUUGGGGAUGGCGGAGCAGCAGAGUGUGCUGGCACUUCGACCACGCCACCCCAUUUGACAACUCCACAGUCAGGCUACCCACUCAUGCUGGGCUUCUCGUCUGAUGGAUCUUCCACCUCUUCAUCCAAUGCCAGUCCCAGCGAGCAGCUGCUCGUGAACCGACUGCCGCUAGGCCUGGCGGAGCUGCAGCAGCUGCGAGAGCUGACACUGUGUGCCAACUUGUCCCCGUGCUACGCGGCUACUGUGCCCCCGUGCUGGUCGGAGUUGAUGCAGGCCCAGAAGCAGCGCCGCCACCCACAGCACUUGCAGCAGGGUGACGAGGUGCAGCACACACGUAGCUGGCGCCUGCAGACUGAUGCGAACUCGUGGGAUGAGCAUGUCUUCGAGAUCACUCUCCCUCGGAGUUGCUGCAUUGGCCACGUGGACGUGAAGUUCUCCCUGCACAGCCCUUGUCCCAACCUGCCCCACAUAGAAGUCACCCUGCUGAAACAGAAUCCUUGCGGCAUCGGCUGCAAGGAGCGCCCCCCCACUGCUGUUGAGGAAACCAUCAACUUCAACAUUGGCCAAAACACUGGUGGCAAGGCCAACUGCAGGCUGUCGAGUAGGAACCCUGUGACGGAUGACGACUUCCAUCGCGACCACAACACGGAGGUCCUGUGUGGACCCAUCAGCCUGGCCUCUUGCCUCGACUUGUCUGAGCACCACGGCAUCAUCACCCUGUCCAGCCCCCGGCUCUUCAAGAUGCGAGGUCGCACUCUCCUUCUGCACAUGAAAGCCAUGGGCGAUGGUAGAGAUCAGACGAAGGAUGUGGGUAACAGAAACUGUUUCAAUUCGGAGAAGUAUUCUUCGUCUGGGAAAAAGGCGAAGUACAAGAGUGGGAAGGGUAAGCUGGACCAGAUGCUGGACGAAUACCCGGUGCAGAAUGGCUCGGGGUCGAGCGUGGACAGACUGGCCUCGGCCGCCGCCACCAAGAAGCUGGAGAUCCUGGUGGGCUGUGACUGGCUGCACGAGGUGUCCAUCACGAUCCGCAGGACCAAGCAGACUUCUAUCACCAAUGAUAAAAUUCAGCGCUGCGCGAUGCUGGAGUCAAAUGCAUUUGCAGAAAGGUUACUGAAGUUGGCAUGCCUGGAGGGACCAGACAGGUCCCCUGUGGUGCAGGGUCUUGCCAUAGACAUCCUGGUGUGGGUGGCAUCAGUUCGGCUGGCACGCCUGCGCUGCCCAUCAGGAGACUCCAAGUCGGGGCAGGUUGAGUUUGUGCGCAUCGUUGAGAGGAAGCUGGUGCCGUUGAUCAAGCACUGCUUGCUCCUGUCAGGCCGCAGCAUCGCCCACAAGUGUGUCAAGCUGAUCCUCGUCUGCAGCGAGGGCAUGAAGAGCGCCCUGGACUCGGGCACGGUGACGUUCGACGGCUGCGUGCUGCAGGCGCUGCUGGAGUGGCUGCCGAGCGUUGGAAGCGUUCACUCUGCUGGCACGUUCCGUUGGUUCCUGCUCCUGCUGUGCCGCGUGAUGGCGCUGGAUGUGUCUGCCACCACGGGGCAGACAUGCGCCUCGCUGCUGGCCCAGGUGGCAGAGGAGUUGCGCGCCCGCUCAAACCCCUACCACAUGCUGCUUCGGACCAGGUUUGGGCUGUAUGGGACUCCGUUCGAAGCAGAGAUGUUUGACGUAGAUCCUCCUGCAUCUGCAAAGUUCUCUUCCACUCCCAUCACGUAUGCAUCUGUAGUAAACCAGGAUAUUGGUGGUACAUCGUCUACUAGCAGCACUACCUCCUCGGUGGCUUCUGGAUAUGGAAUGCCGGAGCUUAUUGACCUGCGGGAGCUGCUUGGAGUUUCCGUGCUGGGGUGCGGGACGGGUGACGGCAAGAUGCCGCUGACGAAGCUCCGCGGGCUCACGCUGAACCACUACAUGAAGGGCCUGCUGGAAGUGGAACCACUGCACUUCACCUGCUAUGCAGCCAGCGACGGCACUAAAAUGGAGAAGCUUGAGCCAGGUGCUACACCAGGAACCAGUGGAACUGUGUCGGUUCCUGUUGGGAAUGUAAUGGAAUCUUUCAACUUUGUCCCUACAAGUUCAGGCACUAAAAAGGCAGAUAGCGAUUUUAUAUCGUUUUGCGAAGAUAUCAAGAAAGAGGAAAUGUGGAACUCGCUGGAGCUGAAGAUUAGUGGAGAGAGUGGUUCGAUCGUAACACUUUACGGGGGCGAGCAGAAGAUCAUCCCUGUGAAGUGCGAUGGCGAGGAUGAGAUCAGGCAUACCAUCCAGUUUGGCGUGGCGCAGAGUAGCGGGGGCGGCCAGCAGUGUGACAAGGACUCCAGCUCUAGCUCCUCGUCGCUCACGGACCCCGCACCCCUCAUCUGCACUCAGACGUUGCCCUAUGACGACGCCUACCCACCGCUUUCCCAGAUCAGCCAGACACUUGCUGAUGGUACCUCCCAUGUCAAGCAGCCAGAUUCCAAGAAGGGUCCGGCGGAACCAGGUGGUGUGAAUCUGCCGUGGCAGAAGCUGCUGAAGAUCCCUUCGCAACACAUGUUGGUAAUAGAGAGGAUGCAUUCUGGGGCACGGAGGUUCGUUGUUCUGGACUUUGGCAGUCCUGUGCUGCUCACAGACUUGCUAAUUCCUGCCUGCUCAGACCUCGUCUCCCUCUCCAUUGACAUCUGGUGCCAUGCCGAGGAAGCAGAUGGCCAGCGACUAGUCGUUGCCUCGGACAUUGGCAUCAAGUCCUUAGUCCUUAGUGACCUGCAGCCACCUCCUGUAUGCCGCUUCCUUAAGAUUACCACAAUUGGAAGGUACGGAAUGAAUACAACUCGGUGCAAGAUUCCUGUUGGCUCUUUCUACGGCCACGUUGUUGUCCUGCCUGGUGAGGGGGAUUCAGAGUCCUGUAGUGUUCAAGGAAUCAGUGACUCCAACAUGCAGACACAGCUGAUGCUCCUGUCAGCAUUGUUUGAAGACACGCACUGUCGCUACAGUCUGGCAUGCGCCAAGUUACAAGACCUUCUAUCGCCACUACUCAAUGCAGAGACUCCAAAUGUCGUCAACAUGUAUCACUACCUACAGAAAGACAAGGAAAUCGAUAAGAUGUAUCCCAGUGCUGAUACUCAGAAGAUUUUGGUCGCCUAUCAGGAGUGCGUCACCUUCCAGCACCAGCUGAACCUGGUGCGCAACGUCAUGCGGAGGCUGGAGCUGGCGCAGGGCGGUGCUGCCGCGCUCCCUGACGUCUCCCCCACCCCCCGGCUGCUGAAGGACAUGUGCACUGACAAGCUGCGGGUCCUGGGCGAAGGCCUGCUGGACGUCCUCCUGUACCUGGUCUACGAGAUCGGGCCCGUCCCGAGGCUGCCAGUGUCUAUGUACGCGCUGUUCGACCAACAGUUGUGCGAGCAACUUUUCAACUGCCUGUGCGUGCAGGAAGACACACGCAUUCAGUUGCAGACGUGCACACUGCUGGCAAGGAUGUGCGGGCUGCAGCCUUGGUGGGGUGACUUCUUGGCCAACACAUUAGCACGUCUCUUCAGCUCCCAGCACACCACCACCUUUCCUCAGGACAGGGUAUUCAUCCUACUGACGUAUUUGGGCCGCAAGUCACUUGCGGCAGGAGCAACAUGCUCCUCAGUUCUUGACGGGAUGCUUGCGCUCCUGGCCGAGCUGUUGGCACCUCUGUCAGCUUCCCAGCAGGCAGGCUUCCUGCGUGCCGAGAUGGAUCUGGCCUUGGUGGGCUGGGUGCUGCUGUUCCUCUCCUCUUGUUUCGACAUGACCGGGGGCUCUGUGUCUCACAGUGAAGAGUCCACUGACAAGUCGAAGGACAAAGAACAAGGCGGGACUUCUCGCUGGGACUUCAUACAGGGGGAAGUGGCGAUGCAACGGAAGAUGGCGACAACAAACCGUAACACUGCCUCCAAGAGCUACCGCCGUAAACUGCAGAAGAGAUUGAUGCAUCACAAACAGCAGCUGGAAGACCUGGAGAUCGCAAAGAAAGCAUUCUAUGCCUCCUCCCAGGUACAAGCACUUACUGCUCUGUCAAACCAGGCUGCAAAUCUCUCAAACAAGCUUGAGGUGGCCUUGAAGCAACAAGAACAAUUCUACAGGAAGACUCUAAAGCAGCAUACCUCAAAGCAUUUCAAGGACAUCCUUCAGAUGCGCAGACUGGAUGGGCCGCUGCUGCACGGGCGGCAGGCGCGGCAAGGGGAGCGCGCGGAGGAGAGCAGCGCGGAGGCGGCGGACCGGGAGGUGACGAUAUGCCUGCCGCAAGCGCGGUGCCUGCCCGUGGCCCGGGGCCUGGUCGCGCUGGUGCUGCAGAUGGACUUCACCUGCAACGUGGACGUGUUCCUCCUGGCCUGCAAGGUGGUGGCGCGCAUCGUCGCCUCGGCGCGCCCCCGCGUGCAGCUCGCCGACCUCAUGACCGAGCAGCAGCUGCUGCGGCUGCUGCGGCUGGCGGUGUGGAGCGACGGGAGUCAGCGGGCGUGGUGGGGCGGGCCCUGGGCCCCGCAUGCCAUCUGCUGCCUCCUGCAGGACGUGCUCGAGAGUGUGCGGCUGCUCCCCACCACUCCCGUCACGCCCUCUCAGGAACCUGAGGAGGAGCUUUCCACCCCCAGCGCUCCUGUUCCAGGCCCAUCAUCAAGUGUUAACAAGUCAUCUGUAAAUGGAAAUGGAGGCAACUUACAGCUGCCAUCGGUGCUGGAGUCUGACGACAGUGAGUUGGAAGAGUUUUUGGAUGACAUUCUGGAGCAUGGGAGAAGUCUGCUCCGGAAGAACAGCAGUGGCCGUUCAGGGGUGGUCGCCACCUCACACAUCUCAACAGCGUUGGAUGCACGACUUGAGUAUGGCUUGGAGCUGGGAGUGGAAGUUAUUCUGCGCAAGUUGACUGCACUCGGGGCCCACAAUCUUCCGUGCAGCGUCAAUGCAGGGAUUCCCUCUCCGCCGGAGGCUGCCAUCCAGUCUGCGGCUUCGUCCUCGGAACAGAGCAAUGAUGCUGCCUGGCAAGAGGCUGGACCUCUUACUAAGAUGGAAACACUUCCCAUGCUCACUCGCUGCUUCGAUCAAGUUUUCUCUGAACUUCAUGAGCAGACAAUCUGGACAAACUUGGAGUUGGUGCUACAGAUGUGGCUGACACUAAACAUAGAGUCUAUAGGGGAAGGAUCAGUAACAUCGUUUGACUCGAUGAGUGGACCGAUGAUAGAUCUAAGCCAACCGGCCGUGUCUGGGUUGAUUGGUGCCUUUGCAUGGAAUUCUGGUAUUUCACUACGGGCAUGGUGUCUAGCCUUCCAGGCGCUCACGAUGGUGGCCAAUACUGUGAGUCCCAUCUGCAGUGAUGCGUGCCCUGAUGCAGAGGGGCGCUGGUCUCCAGAGGAUGUGGAGAGAAUGGAGGAGUCUGAAAGGAUGCUGGCUCGGGCUAUUGUUCUCGACCGCCAGUUCUUGCCAAUGUUGCUCCGUUUCCUGUCUGGCUCAGGUGUUAACACAGGAGCACAGCUAGCUAAUGGUUGCGCGGGACCCACGGUCUGCCAGGCCUUGCACGAGCUGGUGAUGCGACUGCAGGUGCGCUGCGACGUGAUCACGUCCUCCAGCGAGCUGGGCAACGUGCUCAAGCAGCUCCUGCUCGAGCUGGUGCACCGCCUGGUGCAGCCGUCGGGGGCGCUAGCCGGUCGCCAGGGCCCGCUGGAUGCCCAGUGCAAGCUGGUGGAGAUGCUGCUCAACCUCAGCUUCUCCAACGUGGACUGCAGCCUGGCACUGGCGGUCAUCGAGUCCGUGGGAAUGCUGGUGUACUCCUACAUCCUGGGAGCAGAGAAGGUGACAUGUCCCAGUGUGCUGGACACUAGGGUGAACGCAUCGUCAUGUUUCCGCGGACUGUUUGCUUCUGUGCUUGGUGAUGGCUCGAAGCAGGCUCGCCCCACCUCGUGGGACACACUGUUGUGCUGUUUACUCAAACUGUGCAACAAUCUUGUUCAAACCCCACUUGACGUGGUGCAUGUUCCUGUACAGCCGGAUCAUAGUGAAAUAAUGGAUGUUUCGGAAAGUGUGACAGAUGCUAACAACAUGUUCCACACAGACAAGCGUAAAUCAGCAAAAUCGGACCAAAGCCAAAAAAUGGAUGUGAAAGUGCCAUGUUUGGCGGAUAAAGUGCUGCAGGAUGAGCGAACCAUGCGGAAGCUACUCGGUGCACUUGCGGGCUGCAGUGGCUCCACGCUGGCCAUGCUGAUUGGCUCGUAUGCCCCCUCGGAGCAGCUGGCCUUGGGUGACCUGGGCGAGCCACUCUCCGUGGGUGAUGCUGUUUUCCAGCUGCUUACGGUGCUGUCCCGGCGGGCCACUUCCCCGGGCCUCGUGCUGCGCCCCCUCUUCCAAUUCCUGUCGAGUGCUUCCGCAGGACAACCACAGGUGGGGACAGUGGGAGUUAUGCAACUCUCGGAGCCUUUGCUCUGGUUCAUUCUUCGCAUAUUGGAUUCCGAAACUGCGCUGGAAGAAUUUGACAGAAUGGGAGGCAUCAAGGUGAUCUGUGAGAACUUGGUGAAGAGUAACCAGGCGUUGAUCAACGGUCACCCUAGCUUGGUUUCCAUAGUGCUGCAGCACCUCAGUCAUCCGCUACCCACCACGUGCCUAAACCUGAAGAAGGCUUCCACUCCUCUGCAGUCAAAUGAGGGCCUCAUUAAUUUUGCACCACUAGGCACAAUCAGCUCCAGCAACCCCACGACCCAGCCGGCUGAUGUGCUGAUCCAGGCCAGCCCGCCCCACCGCAGGGCCCGCACCCCUGCCUGGUCCUACCACUUUUACCCUGACGAGAUGUGGGUGGACCUCACCAUCACCCUGCCCUGUGCAGUGCUGCUGAAGGAGGUUCAGCUGCAGCCUCACCUCACCUCUCUCGCCACUUGUCCUUCAGCAGUAGCAGUGGAGGUUUCGCGGGACUCGAGCUCUGCUUUGGUGCCCAUCUGCCCUCCACUGCCUACUAGCGGCCUUACCUACAUUGUGAUGAACCUGCCGCAACCAGAAGUAGUCACCAGCGUUCUGCUGAGGCUCUACAAGCCCCAUGACUCGUCUAACAUCGGCCUGUCCCAAAUACGCCUCCUGGGCACCACCACCUUCGGGGAAACACUUUUCCGCACCGUCAACAUGGACGUGCCAGAUGAGGAGCAGCUCACGAAGUCCAGCCUGGGAUGGCUGCGCCUGCUGCACCACUGCAUGGGCUCGCCUGCGCCCCACUUGGCCAGCCUGGUGAUGGGCUCUGCCGCGAGGGUACCCAACCUGCUGGAGGCGUGCUGUGGCUUGCUGCUCAUCCCGGCCCCGGCCCCUUCUCUCUUCACCCCACACCUGGAGAAGGUGCUGCUGCGCCUGGGGCUGCACUCGCGUGCCCUCGGCCUGCGACUCAUACUCACGCUGCUGCGCAAUGGAACUGCUGCCUUCCUUCAGGGAUCUAUCCCAUCGUCUGCAGUAGUAGAUUCCGUGGUUGAACUUCUGUACCAGUUGUGCACUACCCAAGAUGAGUCCACGAGGGAUCGAGUGAAUACCUUGCUCUCAUGGCUAAAUGAUACUGCACUCACUGCCAUUCAGAUGGGACAAGGCCAGCUGUCCCGCAGUGUCGAGGUGUGGCCGCCAUCAUCUGCUUACGUUCACUGUGCAGCUGCUGUCUUGUGGAAUGCAUUCGAGUGUGGGGUAAACUACGACGUGCAGCAGAUGAUAACUCUGGAGAUGUUCAGCCUCAUGUAUAAGUGGACGCUGACUCUACCAGUGCAGUCUGCUUUGAAAAAAGCCAUCGACACUAUUCUUUGCUCUAUGUGCUACAUAAAGCCAGCACUGUUCCUGAUCUUGCUGCAAAAAAUGGGUGUGCUAGUACCGAGUGUUUCUGCUCGCCAGAAUGCUUCUGAUGACAGGAAGGACCAGGAGCAGGAGGAGAUGAACGCGCCGAUCAGUGACGACUGGAAGGAGCUGAUGUUCGAAAGCGAGCACAGCCGGCUGGUGAUACAAGACCUGCAGCACAUGGACCUGACGGAGAGCCAGCUGAUGACCAUCGCCCUGGCUUGCCAGUCCCCACAGUGCCUCGCCCAGCUGCUGCAGUCGGGACUCCUGUCCGCGCUCACGGCCGCCCUGCUAGACUUUUGCCAUAGGGAGUUAAAUCGGCCAAGCGAAGGGGGCUGUAGCACGUCGGAACCACAAGUCAAUCAGUCUGGGAUGACGGACACUGACAAAGCUGGCAUUCGCACAGGAAACAACAACUCAAGAGGUCUACCGAUGUUGAAGGUUGAUACUAUAGCCACAAUGCUCAACUUCUUUGCUGAAGUGUGUUCUGAGGGUGUGAUGAGGGACUGGCUUGGGUCUCCUGAGGGCUCCGUUUUCUGGCAACCAUUGCUUUCUCUGCUCUGCCAGCGUAACAGCGUUGGCGACACAGAACAACUCUUCCGGCGUCGGUACACACUGAGCAGCGAGGUGUUCUGUGCUUUGGAGUCCUCCACCAUUCGAUUCCUGUCUCGCUGCUGCUCCUGCCACCCAGCCAACCAGCAGUUGCUGUCCCGCGUCCUCUGUGAGGUCAUCGGUCAGCAUGGCUCAUCUCACCAGGGUGUGAGCUUCCUGCACGGCGUGUCGGGGUUCACGCGGAGACUAGUCCUGCAGCUGCUCCUGGAGAAUGAGAAGGUGAUGGUAUUUGUGCAUGCCAACUACCCACUGCACCGCGGGCCACAAGCCAUGUCUAGCAGCUCUGCUUACCAUCCCCGCUACGGCGUGGGACACCAGAGACAGCUCAUACUGACCGGCACCCACACUACCUGCGACGACAUCGUCAAGAUGGUUGCUGUUCCAGGUAGUCUGAGUCCACUGCUUGGGGAGUCGAAGACAGGAGAGGGUGGGUCGGUGCAGGGGUUCCGCAACGAGCGCAGGAAAGACCUCUGGCAACUCGGUAUUGGGCUGGUGGAUCAGCUCUCCAUGGCUGCCGGCGUCACUGCCAAGGACAAGCGAGUCAAGGAUGCUAAAAACACUGCCACAGCAGCACCAAAAUCCCCUUUUGCAAAGAAAUCCCGUUCCAGUGGUGCUGUAGAUGUGGCGUCUCCAAGCAUUUCGGUGGUGUCGAGCCUGCCGUUGCCGGAGCUGUGUGUGCAGCAUGAGGCGGUUCCUGGAGGCAACCUCCCUGGCCAGCUCACGCUCUCCCAGCUGCUGGCCGUGAUGCACCGGCAGGGCCGCUCACUCAGCUCACCUUGCAUACACCUCGAGAUCACACAGAAGAGCAAGAGUGACUCUAGUGACACCAAGGACAGUAGUGCCAAGGCGGAUGACCAGUUGCUGUCCUGCCCAGGACUGCCCUCGCCCCUCCAAGUGUUCACGCAGCAGGGUGGCCUGGCACUUCUAGCACAGCACCUUCCCCUCGUCUACCCUGACACCAUGCGCCACUUCAUUCCCGACAAAGCCAUUCCUCUUGAUGUUCCUGAUGGCGAGUGGGUCAAGGUGGAUGCCAGCGAUGACAUCUACGAGGAGAUCGAGGACUCUGUGCAAGUGUACACAAACGUGUCAGCAGGGGUGUGCUCGUCGAUUCUCCCUACGCCUACGGUCCCUCCACACUCCCUUGCAGCCUUCGGCCUGUUCCUGCGCCUGCCAGGUUACGCGGAGGUGCUUCUGCAGGACAAGAAGAAGGCCCAGUGUCUCCUCAGGCUGGUCCUGGGGGUCACUGACGAUGGCGAAGGAGGAGACAUCUUUUUGUCGUCAGUGGCCAACUCGCUGCACACGUUGCCGUUCCAAGUACUGCGCCAGCUGUUUGACUCCUCCCUGCUGACCACAGACGACGGGGUGUUGCUGAGGCGGACGGCCAUUGACGUGGGUGCCAUGCACCUCCUGCUGGCCUGCCUCUCUGUGUUUACCCACCAGUCGCAGGACAUCAACCUGCCUGGCAUGCAGCACGAGUUGCUGAUAGCUGCCACUAAGGCAUCGUCGUUGCCUUACGAAGGGCGUGGAAAGUCCGACGACAAGUCGCACCUUUACUGGGCCAAGGGCACGGGCUUCGGCACGGGCAGCACGGUACAGUCAUGGAAUGUGGAGCAGGCCCUGCUCCGCCAGCGCAGUGAAGAGGAGCACGUAACUGUCCUGCUUCAGGUACUGUCGAGCUUCGUGAACCCAGGGGGAGGAGUGCCCCUGCACAUGUUGUUUGGGGUGGAUGGCGAUGCAGAGGAAGAGGGUGGGUCUGCCCAGCCUCAGCUGCCCAUCAUCUUCCAUGACCUGCUGCAACAGUCCUGUCUGCUUCCUGCUGUGUGCUCCUACUUGCGCAAUGACUCUGUACUGGACAUGGCACGCCACAUCCCGCUGUACCGGGCUGUGCUGCAGCUGCUGCGUGCCAUGGCCCUCAACCCACACCUCGUGUCGCUGCUGCUCCCCCAGACCUCCCGCUCCGGCGGCGAUGACCUGUCUGUCGUCUGCCUGCUCACCAAGAUGAAGAGCAUAGUGGACACGUACGCUUCGCGUCUCAACACAAACAAGACUAAAGGUGGGUCCAAGGGACGGUCACAGAAUAAGCUGCAAGAGGAGUUGGAGUCUGAUGAAGGGUUGGCACUACUUAUUCCUGAUAUUCAGGAGACUGCUAACUUGGUUCAGACGGCUACAGAUCGUCUUGUACUGGAAGAGGACACAGAUACAGCAACAAACAAAGAUGCCAUGUUUUCUGGUGGCUUGGAGUUCCCUAUUCGUCAGUCGCUUGAGGAGAGGUACCUGGAGGUGAUGAAGAGGCUGCAGUUUGACACAUACGAGAUGAUAGCGGAAUGUCCAGAAGGCGGCUACCAAUUUGUGGUCUCUUACCGGUUUGAGUCCCAUGUGCGGGCAGCGGGAGAGCGCAGCCAUCCCUCACGGGUCAAGAGGCUUGCUCAGGAAACUGUCACGCUGUCUACCUCACUCCCCCUUUCCUACAGUAGUUCCGUCUUCGUGCGCUGUGACACGGACCGCCUUGACAUCAUGAAGGUGUUGAUCACAGGGCCUGCAGAAACACCAUAUGCAAAUGGCUGCUUCGAGUUUGACGUGUAUUUCCCGCCUGACUACCCCAAUUCGCCCAUGCUGAUAAACCUGGAAACGACAGGACAUCACACAAUCAGGUUCAACCCAAACCUGUACAAUGAUGGCAAGGUGUGUCUCAGCGUUCUCAACACCUGGCAUGGCCGGCCGGAGGAGAAGUGGAAUGCACAGACUUCCAGCUUCCUGCAGGUGCUGGUGUCCAUUCAGUCUCUGAUCCUGGUCCCCGAGCCCUACUUCAACGAGCCUGGGUACGAGCGGUCGAGGGGCACGCCCUCAGGCAACCAGAGCUCUCGGGAGUACAACUCCAACAUCUGCCAGGCAACGGUCAAGUGGGCCAUGCUGGAGCAGAUACGCAAUCCUUGCCCUUGCUUCAAGGAGGUUAGUAACACUGCUUGUAUGCCAGGCCUACCUCAAACUUUAUGCUAGCCGCCUUUGAAAUUAACAUAAUUUAGAAUAACAUACAUAAUGUAUAUGCAAUGGUAAUUUAUAGGGACAUGCAUUUAUCACAUUUGCAGAUGGCAAGUUUUCAUGCAUUUUUUUUUUUUUGAAGACACAAAUUUUUACAUUUUUAUAAAAUACUAAGAAUUCACCUCCAACUACUCAAAUUACUGCAAAAUUGACAUGGAAAACAAAGUUACACUUAAAUGUGUGUGUGUGUAUGUGUGUAUGUGUGUAAUGUAUGUAAUGUAUGUAAUGUAUGUAGGGGUCAAAAAUUGCAAGAAAGUGAGGGAAAAUGUCUGUAUACAUUAUUUUUAUAACUAUUUUUUUUUUAUCUGUCCUUAUUUGCUGUUAUAAAAACACUGUAAUGUCACCCAAGAUAAUAUGCUUCAAUACUAAAAUACGUGAAUGCAAGCAACCAAAUGCUAAAAGCUACACAAUUGAUAGAGUAUUUUGAGUUCUCUAUGCUGUAUUUUGUUUAUGGCUAGCAACCAUUUGAGUAAGGAGUGCUUCUUUUGUGCAUGUGAUUCUAUGGAUACUAGAUUCUUCUGUGUAUUUUGUUGUUUGUUUAUGUGUUUAAGAUUGUUACAUUUAUAAAUAAUUGCAAUUAAAGUAUAUACAUUUUGUUACCAGCAUAUAUUAAAGAUAGCAAGGAACUUGCGCUAUUAUUGCGUUGUACUUUCUACUAGUGUUCAUUAAGCCUGUGCUCAUGACUUGGUCUUCAAAAAUGUCAGACCUCAGGCAGGAUGAACAGUUAAGAACUUUGAAAAGAAAUUGUUAAAAAAAAUUGAGUGAUUUACUAAGCAGUGUUUUUUAUAUAUAUUCUAUGGUCUUGGCAACUUUACAGGUUAGGUGGAUUUUUUAUUUUUGCACCUAUCACAUUUUUGAGGUUAGUUUUACUUAAAGCAAAGGCUGCACAUGUUUGCUUGCACACAUUUUUAAUAGGUAAGUUGGAUAGAGGUUUUAAAUGUACACCAAACCUCUAGUAACAUGGUAAAAUUAUUUUGUGACUGAAUUACAUUCUAAAAUCUUCAAAAAUUAUCUCUGUAUUUGGUUCCUUCUCAAGUUCUACCAAAUAAAAUCUCAGAAACAUCAAAUUUUACAUUCUUUAGCAAGAUUUGCAGUUAUGCCAUUUUUAUUGUAUUAGAGUAUAUAUAGAUAUAAUUUUGCUGAGCAUUGCAUAACUUUGUACAUACUGAAUGUAGAUUAAGUAGAUGCACUCAUGCACAAGCUUGCUUUUGUAAGUGCUAAAUUUCCUCUUUAAUUUAAUAAAUUAUCCUCAAAUUGGUUUAAAAUAAAUAAGAGGAGGAAAAUAAAUUUAAAAAAUAAGCUACAGUGCUGUAAAAAUUAAGUAAUUCUAUUAGUGUUUAAAAAGAAAGAAUAAA